AUGGAGGGUGAUGUUUGUUGGUUGCUUGUAGCUAAACCAACGAGCGCUGGGUUCUUCCACUUUGGCGGGACAGACACAACAAGCGCCAACACCAACACGCAUCUGCCCCCCACACCGUCUUCUUACACCAGGACACUUCCUCAACCCACAACCCUUUUGGCUAUCCAAGAAGAGCAAACCGAACCCAUUACAGAAGAGUCGCAAAGGGACAAACAGCAAGAAACCAUGCUCCGCCGCCCGGCCACUUCCCUCACCAUCACGUCCGAGGACGUCGCGGCCUACGAGGACCGCCGCAGCCGCGAGGCCAUCGCCCUCGACCAGCAGCAACGGCAGCAGCAGCAGCAGGGGGGAGCAGAUGGCACCACCGCCUCCGGCAGCCCCAGCGCCGAGGACGUGCUUCGGCGGGCACGCGAGGAGAGAAUCGGCGUGGGGAGGAGGCGCGGCGCUUGA